GGGCAGAGCCUAGUAAUGAAGCAUCCAGCACAAAGAGCUAAAGCAGAGAACGAAAGCAGAGUGACAAGAGCCAUGGAAAUCGAGGAACUGAACUGCCUUGAGUCACUGCCCCUACUCUCAUUGAACCAUGUGUCUCUGUUGUGCAGAUCGGUAUGGAAUUCUGUACGAUUCUAUGAAGACGUUCUGGGAUUUUGUCUCAUCAAACGCCCCACUUCUUUUGAUUUCAAUGGAGCUUGGUUGUUCAAUUAUGGCAUUGGGAUACACCUGCUGGAGAACCCGGCAAUGGAGGAGUACGACCAAGUCAAUGAUCCUCGACCCAUUAAUCCCAAGGAUAACCACAUCUCCUUCUUGUGUACUGAUGUGGGAAUUGUGAAGAAGAGGCUGCAAGAAAUGGGGAUGAGGUACGUGACAGCAGUGGUGGAGGACGACGAUGCGAACAAGGUGGAUCAGGUGUUUUUCCAUGACCCAGAUGGCUACAUGAUUGAGAUAUGCAACUGUGAGAACAUCCCAAUCAUUCCCAUCUCUUCCUGCUCACUCAAACCCAGGGAGAGUCUGUACAACAGCACCACUGCUGGAUAUAAGUGUGGAUUCAUGGAGACUGUGAUGAUGGACAAGUGUGGAUUCAUGGAGACUGUGAUGAUGGAGUCCCUGAGCAAGGAUAUGAUGAACUUCUCAUUCUAAGUUCUCUCUGCUGAAGAGAUAAUCAAUUACUCUGCUGCAAAUGUAUUUAUUAUUAAAGGGUCUUCCUUGGUCUGCUGUUUGGUUUGAUACAGAGUCUAAUGGCUUUGUGGUAUUUGAUAAAAGGUGCGCGAAUUGGUUGAGAUGUACUUAUUUCCUUUUCUUUUUCUUUUCUUUUUGAGAAUGGGAGAAAAAUAUGGUGAUGAAUAAUGGAAAUGGUUGAGAUGUACUCACUUCUCUUCUUUUUGAAGAAGGGAGAAAAAUGUAUUAAAUGAAUAACAGUCUUCUACCCAACAA